UCACUAACACUGCGUUCCCUGUCAAAUUCCAGUGAAGCCAUUACACGCUCAAAGUCCAUAAUGCAAGCUGUCCGGAACUUCUCUUCUCCAUUUACACUGAAAACAAUAGAACAACGAAGAAAGAAAUUCACCGCAUCUCCUGCACUACCAGAAACUGCUGCUUCUGUGGUACUUGCAGCCACAGUGGUGGGUGCAGCAGCAACCAUCCUUGUAAGGACGACCAGAGGUUCCAAAAAGACUGAUAACUCUGUCAAAACUUGCGAAGAUUGUGGUGGAUCUGGUAUCUGUGCAGAAUGUAAGGGUGAAGGUUUUGUACUGAAAAAGCUGUCAGAAGAAAGUGCUGAGAAGGCAAGAAUGGCUGCAAAGAAUAUGGCCACUCGAUACACAGCUGGGCUUCCAAAGAAAUGGAGUUACUGUACAAAGUGCUCGUCUGCUCGAUCCUGCAGUACUUGUGGUGGCUCAGGGCAGUUAAGUGGAUAAUUUGAUGCUUCUCUGCUUCUCUGCUUCUACUAGACUUAAAUUGGGAUUAGUGAUUUCAUGUACUCUAUCAUCAGAGGCACAAAUAACUUGAGGUUUGAUCUUCA